CGACCAAUGUUUCUUUUGCAAACUACACUUCUGAUACCGAACGUGUCUAUAAAUCCGACUUUGGACGAAAUACAAGAAGUUCUCGUCUUAGCUGGCAAACACAUCACAGGACUUUCCAAAGGAGUAGCUCAGUGGACUGGAGGAAAAACGCAAAAGGUAGGUUGGAAGACAUUAGCAGGACACCAAACGAAACAACUUUUCGAAGUAGUUACCAAGCUUGACGGACAGGUACAGUCUUUUGCGGUACCGAUGACGAUGGCGCAGAAGUCGGUAAAGAUGGUUGAAGUUGCAAAAAUGAGAAAGAAAAAAUAUUACCGUCUGGAGUCAGAAGAGAAACCGAUUUUUCCAUUUCAACAGAAAAAUUUUUACAGUCAUAUAAUGGAGAACAAGGAAAUAAUCAAAACGCUUACAUUGCUAUCAAUGUGCACUCAGAAUGUAAAAACGGAAGUUAAUACGUUAGUUAAACGUUGGCGUCCUUAUCACUAUUUGUGGAAAUGCGAAAAAACUUUACGGCAGCUCUUAGCUUGGAAUCUUAACGACUUUGAACUAGCAUUGAAACGACACAGUGAACUGGAAGCUAAAUUGGCCACUGAACCGGAUGUACUGAUAAUAGGAAACUGCCUAGCUGUAUCGACAGAAAAGCUUAAAUUGGGAUUAAACACCGAACUUAAAAAUGGAACGUAUAGAAUAAGUCAAGCAAUGCGUAAAAAAUAUAAACGUGAAAUGGAUUACGUUUAUGCAAUAAUGAAUGAUUUAGAACGUAAAUUAGAAAGACCAAUUCGUGACUUAGACGACGUGAGAACUGUAAUGGAAACAUUAAAGAAAAUUAGAGAACAAGAAGUUGAUAUGGAAUUAAAAAUAGACCCGGUUGAAGAAGCAUUUAAUGUCAUAACACGGUACGAGCUUCCAGUUAGUAAAGAGGACAUUGAGCAAGUGGACAACCUCCGCUACACAUGGCAACAGUUACAAGCGACAGCUCUAGCGUCACACGUACAAUUACUAAAAAUGCAGCCACAAUUCGAAGAUGACUUGAAGAACAACUUAGAUAAAUUUAGAGAAGACAACGCGGAAUACUGCCAUGAAUACCGACACGCGGGUCCCAUGCAACCUGGAUUGAGCCCGCGUGAAGCUUCUGACCGUUUGAUUUUGUUUCAGAAUCGAUUCGAUGGAAUGUGGCGUAAACUACAAACUUACCAAAACGGUGAAGAAUUAUUUGGUUUACCUCACACUGAAUAUCCCGAACUAGCUCAAAUAAGAAAGGAGUUAAACCUCUUACAAAAACUUUACAAGCUAUAUAAUGACGUGAUAGACAGAGUCAGUAGCUAUUACGAUAUACCCUGGGGAGAGGUUAACAUAGAAGAAAUUAACAACGAAUUAAUGGAGUUCCAGAAUAGAUGCAGAAAACUUCCAAAAGGCCUAAAAGAAUGGCCUGCUUUCUAUGCUUUGAAAAAGACAAUAGACGAUUUUAAUGACAUGUGUCCUUUACUCGAGCUGAUGGCAAACAGAGCGAUGAAGCCACGCCACUGGCAACGUAUAAUGGAAGUUACUAAAUAUAUUUUCGAGCUCGACAACGAAGAUUUUUGUUUAAAAAAUAUUUUAGAAGCGCCUUUAUUGCAACACAAAGAAGAUAUUGAGGAUAUAUGCAUAUCAGCUAUGAAAGAGAAAGAUAUAGAAGCCAAACUUCGGCAAGUCACAAAUGAAUGGUCAGUGCACGAAUUAACGUUUCAAACUUUUAAUAAUCGAGGAGAAUUACUACUCAGAGGUGAUACAACAGCGGAGACUAUUGGCCAACUAGAAGACAGCUUAAUGAUCCUGGGUUCACUACUGUCUAACCGAUAUAAUGCUCCAUUUAGAAAACAAAUACAACAAUGGCUAUAUGAUCUUCAGAGCACGAAUGAAAUUUUAGAACGUUGGCUUCUCGUUCAAAAUAUGUGGGUAUAUCUUGAGGCCGUAUUUGUUGGUGGAGAUAUUGCUAAACAACUGCCGAAAGAGGCAAAAAGAUUUUCCAAAAUCGACAAGUCUUGGCAGAAAAUAAUGCAGAGAGCGCACGAGACGCCCGGAGUAGUUUCUUGCUGUGUAGGCGAUGAUCUUUUAAGACAGCUUUUGCCACAUCUACAAGAGCAGUUGGAGUUGUGUCAAAAAAGUUUGAGCGGCUAUUUGGAAAAGAAAAGGACAAUGUUUCCGAGAUUCUUUUUUGUCUCUGAUCCAGCUUUGUUAGAAAUUUUAGGUCAAGCUUCAGAUUCACAUACUAUACAAAAUCAUCUGCUGUCGAUAUUUGAUAACAUACGAUACGUUAAAUUCCAUGAUAUAGAAUAUAACAAGAUGAUAGCGAUAGUUUCGUCUGAAGGAGAGGAAAUAAAACUUGAACGACCAGUACGAGCGGAAGGUUCCGUAGAGACCUGGCUAACAUCUUUAUUACAAUCUGCUCAGAGUAGUUUGCAUUCCAUCAUACGGACCGGGGUGUCUGUUAUCAACGAUCCAGGAUUCAAUCUUCUUCUCUUUCUAGAUAAAAUGCCGGCGCAGGUAGGGUUACUGGGCAUUCAAAUUAUAUGGACUAGAGAUGCAGAACUGGCUCUAAUGCAAGCUCGACAAGAUAAAAAAAUAAUGAUAGACACCAACAAUAAAUUUUUAGAACUUCUUAAUACUCUUAUCGACCAAACUACAAGAGAUUUAAUAAAAAUUGAACGCACUAAAUUUGAAACUCUUAUUACCAUUCAUGUGCAUCAGAGAGAUAUAUUUGACAUGUUGUGCCGAUUGAAUGUUCGUUCUGCAAACGAUUUCGAAUGGUUAAAACAAUGCCGAUUUUACUUUAAAGAAGAUGCUGACAAAACCUGGAUAUCUGUCACUGAUGUUACUUUCACUUACCAAAAUGAAUAUUUGGGAUGUACAGAGAGACUAGUUAUCACACCAUUAACAGAUAGAUGCUACAUAACGUUAGCGCAAGCAUUAGCUAUGAGCAUGGGUGGUGCUCCCUGCGGCCCCGCCGGCACCGGUAAGACAGAAACAGUCAAAGACAUGGGAAAGACUCUCGCCAAAUAUGUUGUCGUGUUCAACUGCUCCGAUCAAAUGGAUUACAGAGGUCUGGGUCGUAUAUACAAAGGUCUGGCUCAAUCCGGUUCUUGGGGUUGUUUUGAUGAGUUUAAUCGAAUAGAGCUCCCCGUGCUCUCCGUGGCGGCUCAACAAGUUGCUGUAGUUCUCGCUGCCAAGAAGGAAAAGAAAAAGACAUUCCUUUUUACCGACGGAGACAUGUCAGAAAUGUGUCCUGAGUUUGGGAUAUUUAUUACAAUGAAUCCGGGCUACGCAGGUCGCAAGGAAUUACCAGAAAAUUUGAAGAUCCAAUUUCGCACGGUAGCUAUGAUGGUACCCGACAGACAAAUUAUUAUACGGGUGAAGUUAGCUUCUUGUGGCUUUUUAGAAAAUAUAACUCUAGCUCGGAAAUUUUAUACCUUGUAUAAGUUGUGCGAGGAGCAACUUACAAAACAGGUUCAUUAUGACUUCGGUUUAAGGAACAUUCUCUCUGUCUUACGAACACUCGGUGCCGUAAAACGUGUCAAUACAAAAGAUAACGAAAGCACAAUUGUAAUGAGAGUGCUGAGAGACAUGAAUUUAUCGAAGCUUAUAGAUGAAGAUGAGCCACUUUUUAUUUCACUUGUAGCAGAUUUGUUUCCAAACCAAGCAUUGGAGAAAACAGCAUACACGGAUCUUGAAGACGCAAUUCGAAAACAAGUUGAACAUAAUGGUUUAAUUUAUCACGCACCUUGGGUGUUAAAGAUAAUUCAAUUGUAUGAAACACAACGUGUUCGCCAUGGUAUAAUGACACUCGGGCCUCCAGGUGCAGGAAAAACGACUUGUAUUCACACUUUAAUGGAUGCUCUCUCGGAAAUAGAAGAACCACAUAGGGAAAUGCGCAUGAAUCCUAAAGCUAUAACAGCCGCACAAAUGUUUGGUCGUCUGGAUGUUGCAACUAAUGACUGGACAGACGGUAUAUUUUCCGCCUUAUGGAGAAAAACACUUAAAAUAAAAACUGGGGAACAUAUUUGGUUAGUUCUAGAUGGACCUGUAGACAGUAUAUGGAUAGAAAAUUUAAAUUCUGUAUUAGAUGAUAACAAAACUUUAACAUUAGCUAAUGGCGAUCGUUUGACAAUGUCUCCCACUUCAAAAAUUAUUUUCGAGCCUGAAAAUAUUGAUAAUGCUUCGCCUGCAACUGUUUCACGCAAUGGAAUGGUAUAUAUGAGCUCAUCAGGUCUAAAUUGGGAACCAGUGCUCAAUGCGUGGCUUAAGACUCGAUCACCGAGAGAGUUAGAAGUUUUCAGUACUUUGUUUGAACAAACAUUUCCGACGACUUACACCUGGUGUACCCAGAAUUUGACGUUUAGUAUGCGCGUUCUUCAAAGCAACAUUGUGUAUCAAAUGCUAAAUUUACUCGAAGGCUUAGUUCCACCACAAAUAGUUGAAGUUGAAGAUCCCUCUGCUAGUAAAUCUGUUAAUGGUGACAUCGAUGAUGAAGAUGAAAAAGAGAAAGUUGAAGAAAUAAUCCUCUUUACACAAGAACACUUACAUAAAAUUUACGUAUUUUCUGUUAUCUGGGGCUUUGGCGCUCUGUUAGAAACACAAGAUCGAUUUAGAUUUGACAAUUUCAUUAAAACGACAUUCAAUGAGAUUCUUGAUUUACCGAAACAUCCUAAUAAUAAGUCGAGUAUACUCUUUGAUUUUUACGUUAAGCAUCCUGGAAAAUGGGAAUUAUGGGACGAUUUGAUGACAAACUACAUCUACCCUGACACCGCAACUCCAGAUUAUUCAAAUAUAUUAAUCCCAAUAGUUGAUAAUGUUCGUAUUAAUUAUCUUAUAUAUUGUAUUGCAAAACAGGGAAAAGCUGUACUUUUAUUAGGAGAACAAGGUUCUGCAAAAACAGUUAUGAUGAAAGCGUAUAUGAAGAAUGCAAAUCCAGAACAAUUUAUGGGUCGCUCCUUUAAUUUUUCAUCAGCAACUAGCCCUUUUCAAUUUCAAAAGACAAUUGAAAGUUAUGUGGAAAAACGUAGUGGUAUGACAUUUGGGCCUCCUGGUGGGAAGAAAAUGUUGGUUUUUAUAGACGAUAUCAAUUUACCACAAAUUAACGAAUGGGGCGAUCAAAUAACCAAUGAAAUAGUAAGACAAACUAUGAGUAUGGGUGGCUUCUAUAGUUUAGAAAAGCCUGGCGAUUUCACGACAAUUGUUGACAUUCAGUUUUUAGGAGCUAUGGGUCAACCAGGAGGAGGUAGAAACGACAUUCCUGCACGAUUAAAACGACAAUUUUCCAUCUUUAACUGUCCUUUGCCAAACAAUGACUCGAUUGACAAAAUUUUUAAAGUUAUUGGAGAAGGCCAUUAUAAUGCCAAAAGAGGUUUUACGGUGGAAGUGAGAUCUCUUAUAAAAAGGAUAAUUCCUUUGACAAGAGAACUUUGGAUAAAAACAAGAACGAAUUUACUACCUACUCCAGCGAAAUUUCACUAUGUUUUUUCUCUACGCGAUUUAUCCAGAGUAUGGCAAGGCAUGAUAGGUACUUUGCCCACUGUUAUAGAAUCUGAAAAAUGUUUGAUGCUUUUAUGGAAACAUGAAUGCUCGAGGGUAUUUUCUGAUAGGUUUACACACCAAUCAGAUAAAGAUUGGUUUAAUAACGCUUUAUAUACCACUACUGAAGAAUUAUUGGGACCAGAGUACAAAAAAAUGAUGGAAAAAGAUCCCGUAUUUGUAGAUUUCAUGAGAGAUGCUCCAGAACCAACUGGUGAAGAGGGUGAAGAUGCUGAUAUGGAACUCCCAAAAGUUUAUGAACCUGUUUUUGAUCACUCUGAACUUCGAGAUCGUUUAGAAAUGUUUCUAUCUCAAUUUAAUGAAAUGGUUCGUGGCUCAGGAAUGGAUCUUGUAUUUUUUCCUGAUGCAAUGUUACAUUUAGUAAAAAUAUCGAGAGUUAUACGACACCCACGGGGAAAUGUAAUGUUAGUGGGCGUUGGUGGUUCCGGUAAACAAUCAUUAACAAAACUAUCAACAUUUAUAGCAGGCUAUCGCUCAUUUCAAAUAGCCUUAACAAGGUCCUACAACGUAGGCAAUUUUUUGGAGGAUCUUAAACUACUUUACAGGUCAUGUGGUGUGCAAGGAAAAGGCACAACAUUUAUUUUCACUGAUUUAGAUAUCAAAGAAGAAGGUUUUCUUGAAUAUUUAAAUAAUAUUUUAUCAUCAGGAGUUAUUUCAAACUUAUUUACAAAAGAUGAACAACAAGAGAUAAUUUCGGAAUUAACACCUGUCAUGAAACGAGAAAAUCAAAAACGAACCUUAACAAAUGAAUUAGUCAUGGAAUAUUUUUUGAACAGAACGUGUCAAAAUCUUCAUGUUGUUUUAUGUUUUUCUCCUGUCAGUGAGGCUUUUAGAUAUAGAGCACUACGUUUUCCAGCCCUUAUUUCUGGCUGUACAAUAGAUUGGUUUCAACCAUGGCCAAAGGAUGCGCUUGUUUCCGUGGCGGAUCACUUUUUGACUGACUUUGAAAUCGAAUGUACUAAAGAAGUAAAAAAAGAACUGGUUACAGUUUUGGGUACAAUACAAGAUGUUGUAUCUAAAGUAUCUACUGAAUAUUUUCAAAGAUUUCGUCGAUCUUCUCAUGUGACACCUAAAUCUUAUCUUAGUUUUAUUGGAGGUUAUAAAACUAUAUAUCAAAUGAAACAAAAAGAAUUAGGGGAUGGUGCUUUGAGGAUGGAUACCGGUUUAGAAAAAUUGCGCGAAGCGUCAAUAUCUGUCGAAGUCUUAAAAAAAGAUUUGGCUGUAAUGGAACAAGAUUUAGCGCUGGCUUCUGAAAAAGCUGAUCGCGUACUCUCAGAAGUAACUGAUAGAGCAUCGCAAGCUGAAAUUGUAAAAAACCAAGUACAAAUCGUCAAAGAAAAAGCAGAAGCUUUAGUAGCCUAUAUAGCAGAAGAAAAAGAAAAAGCUGAAAGAAAAUUAGAAGCUGCGAAACCAGCUUUAGAAGAAGCCGAAGCAGCUCUUAAUACUAUUAAACCUGCACAUAUUGCAACAGUACGAAAGCUAGGUCGACCACCACAUCUCAUUAUGAGAAUCAUGGAUUGUGUUCUUAUUUUAUUUCAAAGAAGAUUACAUCCAUUAAUACCAGAUACUGCUGCACCAUGUCCAAAACCUUCGUGGGCAGAAUCAUUAAAGAUGAUGGCCAGCACGACAUUUUUACUUCAGUUGCAAAAUUACCCUAAAGAUAUUAUUAAUAACGAAAUGGUGGAACAUCUUGUACCAUAUUUUGAAAUGGAAGACUAUAAUAUGGAUACAGCAAAGCGCGUGUGUGGCGAUGUGGCCGGCUUAUUGUCUUGGACAAAGGCUAUGGCAUUUUUUCAUAGUGUCAAUAAAGAAGUUUUACCCUUAAAAGCAAGUUUGAUGUUACAAGAAGCAAGGUUGAAGGUUGCAAUGGAGGACUUAGCUUCUGCAGAAAGGCAAUUAGAAGAACGUGAAAUGUCCUUACGAAAAGUGAAGGAACAAUACGAAGCUGCUGUCUCAGAGAAGCAACAAUUGACCGAUGCCGCGAAUAUUUGCUUGAGGAAAAUGACAGCCGCAACACAACUAAUAAAUGGAUUAGGAGGCGAGAAACUUAGGUGGACUCAACAAAGUAAAGAUUUCAAAAAACAACUUGGUAGACUAGUUGGCGAUGUAGUACUAGCUACAGGUUUCCUAUCUUAUUGUGGUCCGUACAAUCAAGAGUUUCGAAAUAGUCUGUUUAAUACAUGGAUGGAAAUUCUCAAAAGCAAAGAAAUACCAGUGACGAAUAACCUAAACAUUACAAAUAUGUUAGUCGAAAGUGCUACAAUCUCUGAAUGGACACUUCAAGGCCUUCCGAAUGAUGAGUUAUCUGUACAAAAUGCCCUGAUUGUAACAAAAUCGAGUUCAUAUCCUCUUUUAGUAGAUCCUCAAAGUCAAGGAAAAAACUGGAUUAAGAAUAAAGAAUCUUCAAAUGAAUUACAAAUUACAUCAUUAAAUCACAAAUAUUUUCGAACUCAUUUAGAAGAUAGCUUAUCUUUGGGUAGGCCACUAUUAAUAGAAGAUGUGGGAGUAGAAUUAGAUCCUGUUAUAGACAACGUACUAGAAAAGAACUUUAUAAAAUCUGGAUCAAUUGAAAAAGUUAUCGUUGGUGAUAAGGAGUGCGACGUUAUGCCUGGAUUUAUGCUUUAUAUAACUACUAAAUUACCAAACCCAGCCUAUUCACCUGAAAUAAGUGCAAAAACUUCUAUUAUUGACUUUACUGUUACGAUGCAAGGUCUGGAAGAUCAGUUACUAGGACGAGUUAUUCUAAUGGAAAAGUCAGAUUUAGAAGAAGAGAGAGUAGCUUUGUUUGAAUCUGUCAUGAAGAAUCAGAGGAGUAUGAAAGAACUAGAAAGUAAUUUACUUUGUCGCUUAACUUCUUCAGAAGGUUCUUUGGUUGAUGAUGAAGCUUUAAUUCAAGUAUUACAAAUAACCAAAUCAACAGCUGAAGAAGUAAAUGAAAAAUUAAAAGUAGCUGAAGUCACAGAAAAAAAGAUUAUUAAAGCAAGAGAAGAGUUUAGGGCUGUAGCCGCUAGAGGUUCUAUUUUAUAUUUUUUAAUAGUUGAGAUGAGUAAUGUUAAUAUAAUGUAUCAAAAUUCUUUAAAACAAUUUCUUACCAUAUUCGACAACUCGAUAACAAAAUCUGCUAAAAGUAACAUUACGGAAGAGCGUAUAAAUAUAAUUCUUAAGUACUUAACUCAUGAGGUGUGGGCAUUUACAUUACGUAGUUUAUAUGAAAGGCAUAAGGCACUGUUUACUUUGAUGUUAGCUAUGAAAAUAGACUGCCAGAGAGGACUGAUUUCUCAUGAUGAAUUCAUGGCAUUUGUUAAAGGAGGUGCAUCGCUAGAUUUAAAUGCAGUAACUCCUAAGCCUUUUCGAUGGAUCCUUGAUAUAACUUGGCUAAAUUUAGUUGAAAUAAGCAAAAUUAAAGCUUUUUCUGAAGUUUUAAGUAAGAUAUCAAGCAAUGAAAAAGAGUGGAGAGUUUGGUAUGAGAAAGCUAAGCCAGAAGAAGAAGUAAUACCGAGUGGUUUUCAAGAAAGCCUCGAUGUAUUUCGUAAGCUACUUUUAAUCAGGUCGUGGAGCCCUGAUCGAACGCUUUCACAGGCAAGAAAAUACAUAGUUGAUUCUCUAGGUGCUGAAUAUGGCGAAGGACAAAUUCUUAAUUUAGAAACCACAUGGGAAGAGUCAGAACCACGGACUCCACUAAUUUGUAUUCUUUCAAUAGGGUCAGAUCCAUCCGCACAGAUCGCAUCAUUAGCAAAAGCAAAAGAAAUAGUGCUAAAAGCAGUUUCUAUGGGACAAGGACAAGAAAUUGUUGCUCGUAAAAUGAUAUCUGAUUCAAUGAAUGAAGGAGGUUGGGUUUUGUUACAAAAUAUUCACCUAUCACUACCGUUUUGCGUAGAGGCUAUGGAUGCUCUAAUAGAAACUGAACACAUACAGGAAUCAUUUCGUUUAUGGUUAACAACUGAAGUCCAUAGUGAUUUUCCCAUAGGACUAUUACAAAUGGCUAUUAAAUUUACGAAUGAACCUCCUCAGGGUAUACGAGCUAGUAUGAAAAGGACAUACCAAAACAUUACACAGGAUACACUCGAUUAUUCUUCAUUAUCUCAGUGGCCACCGCUAUUGUAUGCCGUCGCAUUUUUACAUACUAUUGUUCAAGAAAGAAGGAAAUUCGGUCCUUUAGGAUGGAAUAUACCUUAUGAAUUUAAUCAAGCAGAUUAUGCAGCCAGUGUGCAAUUUAUUCAAAACCAUCUUGAUGAGAUAGAUCCUAAAAAGGGUAUAUCAUGGCCAACAAUAUGUUAUAUGCUAGGAGAGGUUCAAUACGGUGGUAGAGUAACAGACGACUUUGAUAAGCGCUUAUUAACUACAUUUACUAACGUGUGGUUUUGUGACGUUUUAUUAAGACCAGGUUUUGAAUUUUAUAAAGGUUAUAAGGUUCCACAAACAAGAAAUUUACAAGGAUACGUUGACUAUAUAAAUCAAUUGCCACUCACCGAUACACCGGAAGUGUUCGGUUUGCAUGGUAACGCUGAUAUUACUUAUCAGAUUAACAGUGCAAAAGAUAUUUUAGACACUAUAUUAAGUGUCCAGCCUAAAGAAGGUGGUAGUCAAGGCGGAGAAACUAGAGAAAGCAUAGUGUAUCGCUUGGCUGAGGAUAUGUUAGAAAAAUUACCAAAACAAUAUGUUAGUUUUGAAGUUAGGGAUGCGCUUCAUAAGAUGGGCGCUUUUCUACCAAUGAAUAUCUUCUUGAGACAAGAAAUUGAUCGUAUUCAACGAGUGAUUAAAACUGUACACACUACACUGUGCGAUCUUAAAUUAGCAAUCGAUGGCACAAUAAUAAUGAGUCAAGGUUUACGCGAAUCGCUGGAUGCUAUGUACGAUGCUCGUAUUCCUCAACAAUGGCUUAAGGUGUCAUGGGAAUCAGCAACCUUAGGUUUUUGGUACACGGAGCUUCUAGAACGCGAGCAACAGUACCGCAUAUGGUUGCGAAACGGACGACCUCACGCGUUUUGGAUGACUGGCUUCUUUAAUCCACAGGGAUUUCUCACUGCUAUGAGACAGGAGGUUACUCGUAGUCAUAAGGGUUGGGCGCUAGAUUCUGUCGUCCUCCAGAACCAUAUAACGAAAUUUAAUCGUGAAGACGUUCAUGAAGGACCUACAGAAGGAGUAUACGUGUAUGGCUUGUUUCUUGAAGGAGCAUCACUCGAUAGGAAAUCAGGCAAAUUAAUUGAAUCAAAGCCAAAAGUACUGUACGAACAGAUGCCAGUUAUUUACAUUUUUGCUAUUAACACUACCGCUGGGAAAGAUCCCCGCCUGUACGAAUGUCCUAUUUACAGAAAACCUCAGAGAACAGACGCUAAAUAUGUCGGCUCCAUUGAUUUCGAAACCGACAGCAAUCCAAGACAUUGGACUUUAAGAGGCGUGGCGCUUUUAUGCGAUAUAAAAUAAAGUAGACAUAUACAUUA